AUGGUUUUCGUCCUAGGUGUCAACUUCCCGGAGCGCAAUCUGGUCCAGAAAUCACUUCAGAGUUUCUUUGGUGUCGGACCCCAAGUCUCAUCACGCAUAUUAUCCCGCUUCCACAUCCACCCAACAUGUCGGGUCGGCGAGCUGGCCAACAAACAGGUCCUUGAUCUUACGGCGGCACUCUCAGAUAUGAAAAUCGAAAACGAUCUUCGGAGAAAGAUUCUUGAUGAUAUCAAACGCCUGAAGGAGACGGGUACAUACCGUGGUCGGCGUCAUGCGUUGGGAUUGCCAGCUAGAGGCCAGAAGACGAGAACACAGACUAAAACCGCGAUUAAGCUCAACCGUAUGGAGCGACGACUUUGA